AUGAUUGCAACUAAUUUUCAAGAAACUUCAAUUGUGGAGACAGAACCAAGUUUCAAUUUAAUUAAUAGUGAAGCCAUUGAAAAAAUUAGAUCAGUUAGUAUUCCAAAAGAAUUUAAUAGAUUAACAGCAAAAGGUUAUAUCAAGGAAUUAUUACGUUGUUUUAAUAUAAAUUCAAAUAAUUAUAUAACAUUUAAAAAACAAAAUUUUCAAUUUGAAAAAGAAUUAGAUCAAAUUUUAAACUUUUAUUUAAAUCAAGUUACAAAUUAUUUUAUGAAUUAUUUUGAAACCGCUGAUUAUCAUUUAAAUGAUUUAAUCUUGUUUAAUAAAAAUAGAGAUUUUAUGUUUUUUAAAAACGAUUUAAUUCAAUCUAUAGAAUAUAUUAAUUCUGUACUUUCAAAUUAUUCAGGUUUUGAAUUAGAUUUAAUUAAAAAUCAUUUAUUUAAUACUGGUAAUAAUAUUAAAAAAUUUAUUAUUAUAAAUCAAGAAAUUUCAAAUUUAUAUAAUGAAUAUAAAUCAAAUAUUUUACAACCUUUAGAAUAUAAUUCAACUAAUUUUGAUUCAGAUGAUAAUGAAAUUGAUCAAUUGAAAAGAUUAAGAUCUUAUGAAUGUAAAAAAAAUUUAUCAAUUUUAUAUGAAUUUAUUUAUAAUGAUUAUUUAGAUUUUGAAGAAAGAUUAAAUAAAGGUGAAUUUAGAAAAUUAAAUGUUUAUCAAUUAUAUAAAGCUUUAGGUUUAGAUGUAACAAUUUAUAAAAAACUUACAACUGAAUAA